AUGACGGUUUCUACACCGCUUUUCACUUCUCUAGGGAUGUUUAUCAUUGACGAUAACCAGUACCCAAUUGAAUGGGAUCGAGAGGACGACCUCAAUGUGAUUGGAGGCGGUGGAUCAUAUGCAAUUGUAGGGGCACGGAUUAUUGCGGGUUUCUCCCGAGCACCACAGAUUUGUGGCAUAAUAGAUAAAGGAUACGACUUCCCACUGAGCGUGGAGCAGGAGUUGCAGAGUUGGAAAUGCGGGUUGGUGUAUCGUACUGAUGAAACAAGAAGGACCACAAGAGGAGUGAAUGUGUACGAUAAGCAGGAAACCCGAGGUUUUUACUACAAAACCGAUAAGAAGAGAAUUGAACCAGAAGAUGUGGUGGAUGACCAACGAUUAUGUCGAUCCAAGUCGUAUCAUUUACUUUGUAGCGUAGAGAGAUGUCGCAACUUCAUCGAUGAUAUUGGGCAAGUCAAUCGGGAAGCAGUGUACAUUUACGAACCAAUUCCUGAUGUGUGCAUUCCCGAGAACAUUGAACUGUUGAAGGAAUUAGUAUUAGGACUCAUAGAUGUUUUCUCUCCCAAUCUCAAGGAAGCUUGUUUGUUAGCGGGCAUUGAAGAGAUCAGUCUCGACAUGAACAAUGAUAUAAAUGAAUCCAUUACUGCCUUAGAAUCUUUGGCAUCUACAUUCACAAGUCACAUGACGAAGGAGGGAAGUGGUGUGGUGAUCCGAUGUGGAGCACAUGGGUGCUAUGUUUCAUCUUCUAAUUGGAAGGGAAUGCUUCCUGCGUAUCAUGAUGCUCAAGAUACUCAAGCAGUAGUUGAUGUGACUGGAGGAGGUAAUGCGUACUGUGGUGGGUUUGUUGUCGGGCUACUAAUGAGUGGUUACGACUGGAAGAUUGCAGGUAUAUGUGGUAAUUUAGCAAGUGGAUGUGUUAUAGAACAAUUGGGGAUGCCAUUGGUUGAUGCAGGAGUAGGUAAUAAUAAUGGUGAUGUAUGGAACAAGAUUCAUGUGCUUAAAAGGUUCCAGAAUUAUGUUACAAAACAUGCAAUCAACAACGCACAGUUAUCAUGGAUGUAUCCCGAAGAAGAACAGUAA